AUUUUUUUGAGAGAGGGGAAUUUCGUCCCAAAUAAAAGGAAUGAAGUCUGGCUCCGGAGGAGGGUCCCCGACCUCGCUGUGGGGGCUCCUGUUUUUCUCCGCCGCGCUCUCGCUGUGGCCGACGAGUGGAGAAAUCUGCGGGCCGGGCAUCGAUAUCCGUAACGACUAUCAGCAGCUGAAGCGCCUGGAGAACUGCACGGUGAUCGAGGGCUACCUCCACAUCCUGCUCAUCUCCAAGGCAGAGGACUACCGCAGCUACCGCUUCCCCAAGCUCACGGUCAUCACCGAGUACUUGCUGCUGUUCCGCGUGGCCGGCCUCGAGAGCCUCGGGGACCUCUUCCCGAACCUCACGGUCAUCCGCGGCUGGAAACUCUUCUACAACUACGCCCUGGUCAUCUUUGAGAUGACCAAUCUCAAGGAUAUUGGGCUUUACAAUCUGAGGAACAUUACCCGGGGGGCCAUCAGGAUUGAGAAAAACGCUGACCUCUGUUACCUCUCCACGGUGGACUGGUCCCUAAUCCUGGAUGCGGUGUCUAAUAACUACAUCGUGGGAAACAAGCCCCCAAAGGAAUGCGGGGACCUGUGUCCGGGGACGAUGGAGGAGAAGCCCUUGUGCGAGAAGACGACCAUCAACAAUGAAUACAACUACCGCUGCUGGACGACCAACCGCUGCCAGAAAAUGUGCCCGAGCGCGUGCGGGAAGCGGGCGUGCACGGACAGCAACGAGUGCUGUCACCCCGAGUGCCUGGGCAGCUGCAGCGCGCCGGACAACGACACGGCCUGCGUGGCCUGCAGGCAUUACUACUACGCCGGCGUCUGCGUGCCCACCUGCCCGCCCAACACCUACCGCUUUGAGGGCUGGCGCUGCGUGGACCGCGACUUCUGCGCGAACAUCCCCAGCGCCGAAAGCAGCGACUCCGAGGGGUUCGUGAUCCAUGACGGCGAGUGCAUGCAGGAGUGCCCCUCGGGGUUCAUCCGGAACGGGAGUCAGAGCAUGUACUGCAUCCCUUGUGAAGGUCCUUGCCCCAAGGUCUGCGAGGAGGAGAAGAAAACAAAGACCAUUGAUUCUGUUACCUCUGCUCAAAUGCUCCAAGGAUGCACCAUCUUCAAGGGCAAUCUGCUCAUUAAUAUCCGCCGAGGCAAUAACAUUGCCUCGGAGCUGGAGAACUUCAUGGGACUCAUCGAGGUGGUGACAGGCUACGUGAAGAUCCGCCAUUCCCACGCCUUGGUCUCCUUGUCCUUCCUCAAAAACCUUCGCCAGAUCUUAGGAGAGGAGCAGCUGGAGGGGAACUACUCUUUCUAUGUCCUCGACAACCAGAACCUGCAGCAGCUCUGGGACUGGGGCCACCGCAACCUGACCAUCAAAGCUGGGAAGAUGUACUUUGCUUUCAACCCCAAGUUGUGCGUCUCCGAAAUUUACCGCAUGGAGGAGGUGACCGGGACUAAGGGGCGCCAGAGCAAAGGGGACAUCAAUACGAGGAACAACGGAGAACGAGCCUCCUGUGAAAGUGACGUCCUGCACUUCACCUCUACGACCACGUGGAAGAACCGCAUCAUCAUAACCUGGCACCGGUACCGGCCCCCUGACUACAGGGACCUCAUCAGCUUCACCGUCUACUACAAGGAGGCACCUUUUAAAAACGUCACGGAGUAUGAUGGCCAGGAUGCCUGUGGCUCCAACAGCUGGAACAUGGUAGACGUGGACCUCCCUCCCAACAAGGACGUCGAGCCUGGCAUUUUACUGCAUGGACUAAAGCCUUGGACGCAGUAUGCUGUUUACGUCAAGGCGGUGACUCUCACCAUGGUGGAGAAUGACCAUAUCCGCGGGGCCAAGAGUGAAAUCUUGUACAUUCGCACCAAUGCUUCAGUUCCUUCCAUUCCCCUGGAUGUUCUUUCGGCAUCAAACUCCUCUUCUCAGCUCAUCGUGAAGUGGAACCCGCCGUCCCUGCCCAACGGCAACCUGAGUUACUACAUCGUGAGGUGGCAGCGGCAGCCCCAGGACAGCUACCUUUACCGCCACAACUACUGCUCCAAAGACAAAAUCCCCAUCAGGAAGUAUGCCGAUGGCACCAUUGACGUCGAGGAGGUUACCGAGAACCCCAAGACCGAAGUGUGCGGCGGAGAGAAGGGGCCUUGCUGUGCCUGCCCCAAAACCGAGGCUGAGAAGCAGGCGGAGAAGGAGGAGGCUGAGUACCGCAAAGUCUUCGAGAACUUCCUGCACAACUCCAUCUUUGUGCCCAGACCUGAAAGGAAGCGGAGAGAUGUCACACAAGUCACCAACACCACCAUGUCCAGCCGAAGCAGGAACAUCACGGUGGCAGACACCUAUAAUAUCACAGACCCCGAAGAGCUCGAGACAGAAUACCCUUUCUUUGAGAGCAGAGUGGAUAACAAGGAGAGAACUGUGAUCUCCAACCUCCGGCCUUUCACUUUGUACCGCAUUGACAUCCACAGCUGUAACCACGAGGCUGAGAAGCUGGGCUGCAGCGCCUCCAACUUUGUCUUUGCAAGAACCAUGCCUGCAGAAGGAGCAGACGACAUUCCUGGGCCGGUGACCUGGGAGUCAAGGCCUGAAAACUCCAUCUUUUUAAAGUGGCCGGAACCUGAGAAUCCCAAUGGACUGAUUCUAAUGUAUGAAAUAAAAUAUGGAUCACAAAUCGAGGAUCAGCGGGAAUGUGUAUCCAGACAGGAGUACCGGAAGUAUGGAGGCGCCAAGCUUAACCGGCUCAACCCGGGGAACUAUACGGCCCGGAUCCAGGCCACCUCUCUCUCUGGAAAUGGGUCGUGGACGGAUCCCGUGUUCUUCUACGUCCCUGCCAAAAUAACAUAUGAAAAUUUCAUCCACCUGAUCAUCGCUCUGCCUGUUGCCGUCCUGCUGAUAGUGGGGGGACUGGUUAUCAUGUUGUACGUCUUCCACAGAAAAAGAAAUAACAGCAGGCUGGGGAAUGGAGUGCUGUAUGCUUCGGUGAACCCAGAGUACUUCAGUGCCGCAGAUGUGUAUGUACCUGAUGAGUGGGAGGUUGCUCGGGAGAAAAUCACCAUGAGCCGAGAGCUGGGGCAGGGCUCGUUUGGGAUGGUCUACGAAGGAGUUGCCAAAGGCGUGGUUAAAGAUGAGCCCGAAACCAGGGUGGCCAUCAAAACGGUGAACGAGGCCGCGAGCAUGCGUGAAAGGAUUGAAUUUCUCAACGAGGCUUCAGUGAUGAAGGAGUUCAAUUGUCACCAUGUGGUGCGGUUGCUGGGCGUGGUGUCCCAGGGCCAGCCGACGCUGGUCAUCAUGGAACUGAUGACGCGGGGUGAUCUCAAAAGUUAUCUCAGGUCUCUGAGGCCAGAAAUAGAGAAUAAUCCAGUCCUAGCUCCUCCAAGCCUAAGCAAGAUGAUCCAGAUGGCUGGAGAGAUUGCAGACGGCAUGGCAUACCUCAACGCCAACAAGUUUGUCCACAGGGACCUUGCUGCCCGGAACUGCAUGGUGGCUGAAGAUUUCACGGUCAAAAUCGGAGAUUUCGGUAUGACGAGAGAUAUCUACGAGACAGACUAUUACCGGAAAGGAGGGAAGGGGCUGCUGCCUGUGCGCUGGAUGUCACCCGAGUCCCUCAAGGAUGGGGUCUUCACCACUCACUCUGAUGUCUGGUCCUUCGGGGUCGUUCUCUGGGAGAUCGCCACGCUGGCCGAGCAGCCGUACCAGGGCUUGUCCAACGAGCAAGUCCUUCGCUUCGUCAUGGAGGGCGGCCUUCUGGACAAGCCGGACAACUGCCCCGACAUGCUGUUUGAACUGAUGCGCAUGUGCUGGCAGUACAACCCCAAGAUGAGGCCUUCCUUCCUGGAGAUCAUCAGCAGCAUCAAGGACGAGAUGGAACCUGGCUUCCGGGAGGUCUCCUUCUACUACAGCGAGGAGAACAAGCCGCCCGAGCCGGAGGAGCUGGAUCUGGAGCCGGAGGACAUGGAGAGCGUCCCCCUGGACCCCUCCGCCUCCUCGUCCUCCCUGCCGCUGCCCGACAGACACUCAGGACACAAGGCCGAGAACGGCCCGGGCCCCGGCGUGCUGGUUCUCCGAGCCAGCUUCGACGAGAGACAGCCUUACGCGCACAUGAACGGGGGACGCAAGAACGAGAGGGCCUUGCCUCUGCCCCAGUCUUCGACCUGCUGAUCCUCGGAUCCCGGAUCCCGUGCAAACAGUAACGUGUGUGCACGCUCGGCGGCGGGUGGGGGGAGAGAGUUUUAACAAUCUGUUCACAGCCUCCUGUACCUCAGUGGAUCUUCAGAACUGCCAUUGCUGCCCACGGGAGACGGCUUCUCUGCAGUAAACACAUUUGGGAUGUUCCUUUUUUCAAUAUGCAAGCAGCUUUUUAUUUCCCUACCCGAACCCUUAACUGACAUGGGCCUUUAAGAACCUUAAUGACAACACUUAAUAGCAACAGAACACUUGAGAAUCGAGUCUCCUCACUCUUUCCCGGUCUCUCCUCUCAUUAUCUGUCUCCCUCCCUCUCCCCCCGCCCCUUCUCUCUCUCUCUCUCUCUCUCUCUCUCUCUCUCUCUCUCUCUCUCACCUUUCUCUUUCUUUCUGCUUCAUGAUAGAAAAACAUUUGCCGCAACCCCAGCUGGGACGCCCUUUUGAUCAGAUUGAGGAAAUGGCUGUCCCUCCCUGUGGCCCCCACCCCCAUUGCCCCUGUACACACCUGCCUGUCACCGUAGGUCUUUAUAAACAAAACAAAACAAAACACCUUGAGACGGGAUUUUUUUAACUGUAUCUUUAACCUUUUUAGGGACGUAACGAGAUUUAAAAAGGGCCAUCAUUCAUUCAAGGUUGUCACCAUUUUAAUGCUGCCAAAUUCUGCCAAAACCCUGAACUUCCUCUCUCACGACCCCCGCACUUAUCUCCUUGUUUCCAGAGGCAUGGGGCGAGCAUGGUAUCUAGUCACGUCAUUUUAGAGCCACGUGGAUGAUGCACUCCAUCUGGUCGCCCCUGGCGUUCUUUUCAAGUCUUACGUUCACACAGGUCUGAUCGCUUUCUGACUAGGCUAUUGUUUGGGGGGAAGUGGACAGGAUGGGAUUUUCUCUCGGUGGAGACUGGGAGAAGUUGAACCCGGCUUCCCUGCCCCUCUCCCCCACCCCCACCUGCUAGCCCCCCCCCCCCCCCCCGGAAUUGUGGAGGAAACAGGCCCUGUCGUGAGCCUGGAAGACAGGCUUUGAGUCAAGGUCAUCCACGUGCCAGUCUCCUGUCCCCCCCCGCCCUUGGCCCCCCGCUCCCGGCCCCCAGGACACAGAUGGGAAGGGGUUUCCAGGGACUCAGCCCAACUGUUUAUGCAGGUUUGCAAGGAAAAGAAAUUCAAACACCACCACAACAGUAAGAAGCAAAGCAGUAAAUGGAUUCAAGCAUUCUAAGCUUUGUUGACAUUUUCUCUGUUACUAGGACUUCUUCAUGGGUCUUACAGUUCUAUGUUAGACCAUGAAACAUUUGCAUACACAUCGUCUUUAAUGUCACUUUUAUAACUUUUUUACGGUUCAGAUAUUCAUCUAUACGUCUGUACAGAAAAAAAAAAAAGCUGCUAUUUUUUUUGUCCUUUAUCUUUGUGGAUUUAAUCUAUGAAAACCUUCAGGUCUACCCUCCUUCCCUCUCUGCUCACUCCAAGAAACUUCUUAUGCUUUGUA